AUGCUACACAGCCCUCAACAUGCUUGCUUGCUGUUUGAAGAGCUGCUGGAAGGAUUCUCCUGCCAUGUGUUACCACCUCUCAAAUGCAUCCUUAUCCUCUUGUCCUCUCUGAAAGCCUGUUCAAACAAACACACUUUGCAGCCUGGCCUGGAGCAGAUGGAGGUGUUGUUUCACACUACUGGCUGUAGGGAUUCUCUGCCCAAGCCUGAUUUGCUCUGCCCUGACCUACCCCAAGUGAGCAGGGACAGGUCAGCACGUCAGCAGGUACCUUGCAAAGCUGGGCUGGGGCGGCGUUUGGGUAAUCCAUGUUCUGUGUGUGUUACAGAGGAUGCGCGCUCCUGGGAGCCUCUUUGCACGGAGCUGCUGGUGUCUGUCGCCACGCCGCAUUGCGAUGGCUUUCCCGACAUGGACUCGGUGGAGAGCUACAAGCUGUCCACGUCUGAGGAGCUUUCGCUGCUGUCUGCAGAGAGCAUCUGGGGAGCCCUCCGAGGCCUGGAGACCUUCAGCCAGCUGGUCUGGAGAGACGAGGCCGGGACGUUCUACCUCAACAGGACGGACAUCGUGGACUUUCCCCGCUUCGCCCACCGGGGGCUGCUGCUGGACACGUCUCGCCACUACCUGCCUGUGCGGGCAAUCCUGGAAACACUGGACGUCAUGGCCUACAACAAGCUCAACGUGUUUCACUGGCACAUCGUGGAUGACCCCUCCUUCCCCUACGAGAGCACAGCCUUCCCGGAGCUCAGCCGAAAGGGGGCUUACAAUCCCGCCACCCACGUGUACACGGCGAACGACGUGAAGCUGGUGAUCGAGUACGCCCGGCUCCGGGGAAUCCGAGUAAUUUCAGAGUUUGACACCCCUGGCCAUACCCACUCUUGGGGCCCAGGUGCUCCAGGCUUGCUGACGCCCUGCUAUGCAGGCUCGGUUCCCUCUGGGUCCUAUGGGCCGGUCAACCCCACCCUGAAUGCCACUUACUGGUUCAUGAACGAGCUCUUCAGAGAGGUCAGCUCCGUGUUCCCAGACUUCUACCUCCACCUUGGCGGCGACGAGGUUGACUUCACCUGCUGGCGGUCGAAUCCGGAAGUCCAGGCCUUCAUGCAGAAGAUGGGCUUUGGCCAAGACUACACCAGACUGGAGUCUUUCUACAUCCAGAGGCUCCUGGACAUUGUCUCUUCCUACGGCAAGGGCUACGUGGUGUGGCAGGGGGGGUUUGACAAUGGCGUGAGGGUGAAGCCAGACACCAUCAUCCAUGUGUGGCGGGAGAACGCUGGGGCAUACCAGCAGGAGAUGGCUCGAGUCACGAAGGCUGGUUACCAGGCCCUGCUGUCUGCCCCCUGGUACCUGAACCGCAUCUCGUAUGGGCAGGACUGGCAGGCGGCCUACGAGGUGGAGCCGCUGGCGUUUGAAGGCAGCCCUGAGCAGAGAGCGCUGGUCAUUGGCGGAGAGGCCUGCAUGUGGGGGGAAUACGUGGAUGUAACUAACCUGACGCCCAGGCUCUGGCCGCGAGCAGGGGCUGUAGCUGAGAGGCUGUGGAGCAACGAGACGGUGAGAGAUCUGCAAGACGCGUAUGCGCGACUGGCGGGUUUCCGCUGCACGCUGCUCAGGCGCGGCGUCCAGGCGCAGCCUCUCUUUACGGGGUUCUGUGACGUCGAGUAUGGUGGGUCCUGAUUGGAGCGUGCAGCUGCUCCCACCCGCGCCGUGUGUGUCCGGACGAGAGCGGCGCCGUGUGCUCCAGGGCGUCCCCGUUGCUCUUGCUCUUGCAAUGAGCCGGUUUAGAUAGUUGCCUUUUUUCUACGGUUUGAAUUUUAAAUCCAAUAAAGGAGGAAUCCAGAGGGAGAAGGCGCCUCCCAGUCUGUGCCGGUGCCGGGGCAGGUUGCGUGAGGCUCCUGGCCGCCUGCAGGGCUGCGUGCUGGGCUCCAGUCGGCUGUUGCCCGGGAUGCGCGGGGUUUGGCCCGUGGAAUGGUCCUUACAAGGCGAGCCCAGGCUGGAGCUGCCCUCUUGCUUUGUAGUGGCCCAUGCAGCACCCCAGGCCAGAGGGAGAGGCAUUUGGAAUGGACACCCGUGCCCCCCAGCAGGGGACCCUGCCUGUGCCCUGCACCCCACUCCUCGCGCUGCAGAAUAGCUGCUCUCCCCUCUGCCUCCAUGCCUGCCUCUGGGAGCAGCGGUCUCCACUCAGGGUUGGUCCCUGUCUCCGCCAUGGUGCUGCUGCUGGGGCCAGGCUGGCCUGGCUCACGCUGUGGGGCCCAGCAUAGCUUGUGCGUGGUCUGGGUCUGUCUCGGGCUUUGAGGGCACAAGGGGGUUAGCCAGCGGGGACAGGCAGUUGUAGGCUUAGCUGGCUCCACUUAGCUGUAACACCCCCCCUUUUCCUAGCGCGGACGCCCCAUUGGUGUGCAACCCUCUCUCCAGUGCCAAUGCGCAAGCUGCCGGGGAUGGAAGAGUUUAACCGGGUAGCCAAAGAGCGGAUGCCUGUUGGUGACCGUGAAGGGUUAAAUUCUGCCUGGGGCUGCGGGCAGCUCCCGCAGCUCAACCAUGUGACUGCUGAGAAUCGGAUCCGUUCCAAGGUUAAUAUUUGUAUUCGUUGUUUCCAUCCCUGCAAGCUGGAAGUGGGGACAGGCUAUGCCAGGCCAGUUAGCCCAGCCCUUGCUUGGUCUGCAUUUCCUCUCUCCUUGUCCCUGUGAGCCCCGGGGCUUGCAGCCCAGCUGUGCUUUCCUCUUCAUGCCUGUCCCUGCUCCCCCUCCUGGGCGCUGCUUCUGCUCUUGCCUGAGUCUUGCCCAGGGCCGUUAUGAGGCAAUCGUUCCAGCUUCCUCUCGCAGCUUCCCUCUUGCCAUCUGCUUUUCAGGGAGCCCAAAGGGAGCUGCCCACCACUAUUACGGUCCCAUCUGGGCUCUCCCUCACAGGUCCUAAUUUUCCAGUGUGCUGGGGGGCAGGUGUUCUGCCCCAGGUCCUCUCCGCCCCUUCACCUGCCUGUGCUCUCGCUGGCCAGCCCUUGGUGGGUGGGCAGCGUCAGGCAGGACUCAUCAGCGUAUCAUCCUCCCAGGGUUUGAGUCCUGGCAGCGAGGGUCGGCCCACAUUUCUCUUGGGGUUGAUUAGAUGCUCCUAGAGGCAGCGACCAGAUGGGCUGUUCACUAGAUGAUGGCUGAGGCAGGACACCCGUCCCUGACGGCGAGGAUCUCCUGGUCUCCAUCCAACUGGCAUCUGGUUCUGAGUUGACCGUUCUGUACUGGACAAGAUGCUGCACGGUAGGAACUAGGGAUGCCAUGUCCCCUUUCAAAAGUUAAUUAGUUACAUGGCAUGUUGAACCAGGUAACUGGAAUACUGAGGGUGGGGGCUGCUCUGGCCAGGCUGGGCCAUGCCCACUGUGCUACGGGCAGGGGCUGUGCCCUGGGAGGGGGCUGCUCCGGCUGAGCCAGCCACUGGUUAAUCGGUUACCCUGGUAAGGCGAAUGUGUACUGGGUAACCGGUUAACCCUUUACAUCCCUAGUACGACCACUGUGCAGCUCUUCUUUAAAUGAGCCAGUGCUGUGCUGUCACUUCUCUGCUACUGUUCACAUUAGAUGAUUAUUAAAUUUUCAUUAAAAAUCUCCA